AUGGAUUCUGAAACUGUUGAUGUCGGUGUUGUGGAGAAAGAUCCAACUUUGCGUUACGCACGGUAUGAUGAAAUUUUAGGGAAAGGAGCUUUUAAGACUGUGUAUAAAGCUUUUGAUGAAGUAGAUGGAAUAGAAGUUGCUUGGAACCAAAUUUGUAUAGAGGAUGUUAUGCAAUUACCUGAAAAUUUGGAGAAGUUGUAUUCUGAGGUUCAUCUUCUCAAGUCACUGAAACAGGAAAAUAUUAUUAAGUUGUAUAGCUCUUGGGUGGAUGAGAAGACCAGGACUAUUAACAUGAUUACUGAAUUGUUCACUUCUGGGAGUUUGCGACAGUAUCGGAAAAAACAUAAGAAUGUGGAUUUGAAAGCUAUCAAGAACUGGGCGAGGCAGAUUCUUCGUGGCUUGUGCUUUCUGCACAGUCACAAUCCUCCUGUUAUUCACAGGGAUCUUAAAUGCGAUAACAUUUUUGUUAACGGGAAUACUGGGCAAGUUAAGAUUGGUGAUCUCGGAUUGGCAAUUAUCAUGCAGCAGCCUACUGCCCGGAGUGUUAUUGGUACUCCAGAAUUCAUGGCUCCAGAGCUUUAUGAGGAAGAAUAUAAUGAACUUGUUGACAUAUAUUCCUUUGGCAUGUGUAUCUUGGAAAUCAUCACCUGUGAGUACCCGUAUAGUGAAUGCAAAAACCCGGCGCAGAUAUAUAAGAAAGUUACCUCUGGUAUAAAGCCUGCUGCUCUUGCUAAAGUGAGUGAUCCUGAAGUGAAGCAAUUUAUAGAAAAGUGUUUAGUUCCAGCAUCUAUGAGAUUGCCUGCAUCUGAAUUGCUGAAAGACCCAUUCCUCGCAACUGGAAACACAAAGAUCCAUCUUGAUACCCCAAUGCUGCUUAAUCCCCCCAUCAAGUCAACGAAUCCACCAGCAUGUGAGCCCCAUCCCAUGGAGAUAGAUUCAAACCUCGGGCGUACAUCACCUGGCUCCUCUGUGGAACAGAUUAAAGAAACUUCUCAAGUUUCAAUUGUUGAUCUCCUGAGGAAGACAGAGAACAAUGAGUUUAGGUUAAGAGGGGAGAAGAAUGCCGAUCCUACAAUUUCACUUACACUGCGAAUCGCUGAUUCUCAUGGUGGAGCUAGGAAUAUCCAUUUUCCAUUCUAUAUUGAUUCUGACACAACAAUUUCAAUUGCCGAGGAAAUGGUGGAACAUCUGGAACUCAAGGAUGAGGAUGUAGCUGUCAUUGCUGAGCUUAUACACAACAUGAUUUUUGAGCUUGUGCCUGACUGGAAACCCUUAUGUGCUAACCUCUCGUCUGGAACAGAUAAUUUGUACAGGCCUUCGGAAGCUCAGAAUGGGGGACAGUUAAACUGCCAUUGGACAUUGGGAUCAGAUGGUUUUGAUAUGAAGGCAAUGUAUGAGGAUUUAGGUCAGUCACAGCGAGAUGGGGAAGAUCAGGACAAACAAGAAUCUGUUUCAUCAGAUAUUUCAGCUGAGUACGGGGUUGCUGUUGCCACUGAUUCUGGAGGUGUAGAGCCUGAUUGUUUUAUUCUUCAUGAAUGUUGCAAGGGAUCGAAUGGCUUAAAUUCCAAUUCAGAUGUCAGGAUUUAUGGUCAAGAAGAUGGAAACAAUUAUCAAUCAGAGAACUCAGUCUCAAGUUACAUGUCAAGCAAAUGUUCUCUUGACAAUGAUCAUUUAGACAGGCUACAGUUGGAGCUCGAAGCAAUUGAAACCCAGUAUCAGCAAAGUUUUCGUGAGCUUUUAAAGAUGAGGGAGGAAGCCAUAAAACAUGCCAAAAAGAGAUGGAUUUCAAAGAAGAAUGCAUCAGUUAUAUGA